AUGCCCGUCGAGCUUCGCAAGCGCAAGGCGCCUCAGCCGCCGCCCGCGCCAGCCCCGGCUGCCAAAAGGGCUGGAAAAGCUGCCAAGCCCACGGCGACCAAGACGGCAAAGGCGGCGAAGAAGGCCGCCCCAGCCCCCGCCGCUCCCGUUGACGACGACGAUGAAGAGCCGACCAAGACGGCGGACAAGAAGAAGGCGGGCAAGGUGGCUGUGGGCGACGUUGUCGACCUUGACGACUUUGGCGGCGAGAUUGAGGCCAACGAUGGUAAGCAGACGAGCCUCAAGGAGCUGGUUGAGCAGAGCAAGGCGGGCGUCGUGCUCUUUACGUACCCCAAGGCCUCAACGCCGGGCUGCACCACCCAGGUCUGCCUGUUCCGUGACGCCUACGAACCCCUCACCGCGGACGGGCUGUCCAUCUUUGGCCUGAGCAGCGACUCGCCCAAGGCCAACACCAACUUCAAGGAGAAGCAGAAGCUCCCCUACACGCUUCUGUGCGACCCGCAGGCGACGCUCAUCGCCGCCAUUGGCCUCAAGAAGCAGCCCAAGGGCACCCAGCGCGGCGUCUUUGCCAUUGACAAGAAGGGCAAAGUCCUGGUCGCCGAGGCCGGCGGGCCCGCCGCGACCGCCGACCGCAUCAAAGCGCUGGUCGAGGAGCUCAAGGAGUGA